UUCUGUGAAGCUGGUCCAAUAAAAAAAACACUGGAAAUGCUGCCGAUGCCUCUGGUUGCUUGCUGUUCAUUGGACUGCUGAGGAUCUGUGGUCGUGGUUCGGGCUGAUGCAUUCUGGUGUGGUCGUGAGGUCCGGUGGUGCUACUCUACACUUUAUAGUUCUACUAUUUGCAUCCACAUGUGGGUCCACAUGUAAAAUGAAGACCGUUUGGGGACAUUGAAAAGAUGGAAGACCACAAUUUUAUCAGAACCAGGAAACUGUAUCAAAUUACAAAAAAAAUGGACUGUCCAGCCAAAAUUUAUGUGUACCACUUACUCACAUUUCCAGAUUUUCAGAUAAAUAAAAACACUGAGUGGCUAAAGAGAAGUGCAUCAACGAAACUUAAAAAUUACAUUCAGAAGGAGGACGCCAAAGGAAUUAAUAUCUACAUGGUUUUAUUCCCAAAGUUGUCUGACCACACCAAUCACAUCACUUCUGGAGAGGUAGCACAUUUGCGUGAGAAAAUUGAUCCUAGAGUUCGAAAUAAAAUUCAAGAAUUUUACCGCACUGGUAUCAGAAAAAAAAGUGAGCUGAAAAGAUUGGUGGAACACUUUGUUAAAAAAGAUUUAUUUCUGAAUGUUGAGGUUCCAGAAGACACAAGACGGAGAUAUUAUCCCACUAUAAAAGACAUUGCCAAUAUAAUUUCACGAUCAAGGCAUGAUGGACAUAGCUCAUUAUUUGAUCAAGGGUAGCUACUGCAGCUUAUAGAGGAAUGGCAACACGAAAAUCCUUCUUACAGUAUGUUUAGCAGGCCUCAUACAGUUUCUGAAGAGCCAAAAGCAGAGCAAAAUUUUUUAUUUUGCUACCAGUCUGAAUGGCAAAAAAAAAUACUUGUUCAGUAUGGUAAUGAAAUGACAUUACUGGAUGCCACAUACAGAACAACCAGAUAUGCGUUACCACUGUAUUUCCUUUGUGUGCGCACAAAUGUGUGCUAUGCAGUGGUAGGGGCAUUUGUUCUCCAGCAAGAACGAACUGAGGACAUUGUGGAGUCAUUAAAAAUUAUCGCAGGUUGGAAUACAGCCUGGGCCCCAUCAUGUUUUAUGGUAGAUUUCUGCCUCGAAGAAAUUAACGCUAUUGAGCAAGUGUUUCCAGAUGCUGAUAUUAAACUAUGUGACUUCCAUCGAGAAAAGGCAUGGACCGAAUGGUUAAACAAAAAGGACCAUGGUGUCCGUGCCCAUAAGAAGGAAAUUCUUGCCUUACUGCGGAAUGUUGCCCUUACAACAAAAAUGGAAGAUCAUGAGCUAGCGUUAAAGGUCCUAACCAGCAGUAACAUUUGGAAACAAUCGAAAACAUUAAGAGCUUGGCUUUCACAUAAGUGGUUACCAGACAUCAAGAAAUGGGCUCACGUGUAUAGAAAAAGUACCCAAGUGAUUGGUGUUAAUACGAAUAACGGUUUGGAGCGGCAACAUGAGACCUUGAAGUAUUCCUAUUUGGAUGGCUACAGAAACUGCUUGUUAAGCGACAUGAUCAGUGUUCUUCACCACGGAUUCUUUCCAGAUACCUUCAAAAAGUAUAUGGAAAAGAACCUACGCAGUUGUGAGCACUACCGAAAAUAUGCAGUCAAUGUUCCAAACUUCCUCAAAAACCGCCCGCGAGAGAUGUUAUCACAUGUCAUGCAGCGCUACUUUAGUAGCUUGGAUGAGACUCACAUUCUACAAAGGGAUGAGCAACAUGGGAUAUUCAAAGUUCAAAGUGAAUCGGAUAGCAAUUUAUCUUACAGUCUUGACCUUUCUGGAGAGUUGCCAGACUGUGGCUGUAAGGACUGGCAAAGAUACUUGUUGCCAUGUAAACACAUGUGUGCUGUAUUCAGGACAACCUCUUUUCAGUGGGAAAAUUUAAACCCUGCUUACACUGGGAACCCACUGUUUGCACUUGACACCGAGUGCUUUAAGACUGUUAUCAAUCAAACCCCUAAAAAACACAAUGUUGGCUUAACUCCUGGGCCAUAUCCAGAGCUGGCAUCUGAUUUUUCUGGUGAAGUUUUGCAAGGGUUACCACCACGGCGAAGGAGAAAACGCACAGGUGUCAUUAGAGAAUGUCGUAAAAGCUUAAAACGACUAGAGGAUUUGACAUUUGUUUUGGAUGACCAGACAUUGCAAGACUUUAGUUUGCAUUUAAAAAAUUUGGUGGUGGAUUUAAGUGAAAAGACUCCUAAAUCACAUGGAUUGAUCCUACUGGAUUCCACCCUAAAUAUGGAUACGACAGGAUUCAAAGAUCUACCAGAAAGAAGAUAUGGAAAAUCCAAGCAGCCAGAGUUGAAACGGUUUGGCAAAAAAGCUGAUCAAAUCAAAGAGGAUCUUUGUCAGAGAAUUGGAUUAUCUGAUGAGCCAGAUAGGAUAUCGUCAGAGGAGGAGACAUCACAGUCAAUCUGGCUAACUGUGAAUAAGUUUAAGUUGACACUUCAAGAUAGAGAUGUAAUAUCUAAAGGCCUGUGGUUGGAUGACCAGAUAAUUAAUGCUAGUCAGAUCAUUCUGUCCCAAAAACAUGUGGAUGUGUCAGGAUUUAUGGACACUGUUGUCCUUGCACACUCAGAGGUAGCAUUGUCUAAGUGUCACCAGGUCAUUCAGAUACAUCAUGUUGGCAUGCACUGGUUGCUGUCUCAUCAGUUUGAUGAUAAUGUUACAAUUUAUGAUUCUUUGGCCACAACCUCUUUUUCAGACACCCUAAAAGAACAGCUAAUCAAGCUGUACAGACCAUUAUUUACUGGUGAAAACAAAACACUAGAAAUAAAUGCAACCUGUUGUCAGACACAGAAGGGGGCCAGCGAUUGUGGUGUAUUUGCAAUUGCAAAUGGCCUAGCUUUGCUGGAAGGGGUCAAUUUAAGAAAUAUACAAUUCAUCCAGGAUGAAAUGCGGCCUCACCUUAUUUCCUGCCUAGAAAGGGGAGAAUUUAGCAUGUUUCCCUAUGAGGAACAAACAAGGAGGAGAAUACCUACAAGCAAGGUAGUACUCACAACAUAUUGCAUUUGCCACAUUUAUAAAAGUAGAGAGCCCAUGAUAGAAUGCUCUGGGUGCAAGUCGUGGUACCACUUUUGUUGUUUAAAUCUUCAAAAAAAAUGCAAAUAUGUUAGUUCCAAAAAGCGUUUUUUUUUGCUCACUUUGUACGAAAUAGUACAAGUUCGGCUGUCUGGUCCCUUUUUCUUGCCUUUAUUGAUGUCCCUUAGGCUGGGUUGUCACUACAAGCGCACCUGAUUUCUCAUUCAGAUAUGUCGUCAUAAGCCAACAUGAAAACAGUGCUCCCUCACCUCCUAUUUCCCUGACACUCCAGUCACUGAUGCGGUUAUGUUGGGUACCAGUCUGUGUGUCAAAGUACUGUCAUAGCACUGGAACUAGGUGCUUAGCUACAGUGAGUGGCCAAUUUCCUAAUUCCUGUCCAAGGCUACUUUCACACCUGCGUUAGGUGCAGAUCCGCACCUAUAAUGCAAACGC